CUCUUCUUCCUCCAUCCUACUCUUCGGCCGCAGUCAUCUAUGGCGUAAAUUGCCACCUGGAAAGCCUGUCAUCUCGCCCCUACUCGUCCCUCGCUAUGUCUUCGUCCGUCGUCGAAGCCACCGCGGAUGCUUCACCGCAUCUCCGCGUGUCCGCAUCCAAGGGCCAGGCUGCGCAAGCUACCCCCGAUAAAACAGAGCCUUCCACCAGAAUCGACCCUCCAGAAACCUCCGCUGUCGAUGAUCACUUCUUUUGGACAUACACAGAGGAGCCGCACCGCUCCAGACGACAAGCUAUCAUCAAAGCGCACCCGGAGGUCACCAAGCUCUGCGGACCAGAGCCCCUGACCAAAUAUGUCGUUCUCUUCGUCGUCUCUCUCCAGGUCCUCUGCGCCUACCUCCUCCGCAACACCUCCAUGUCCGACUGGAAAUUCCUCGCAACUGCAUACGUGAUCGGAGCCACCUCGAACCAGAACCUCUUCCUCGCCAUCCACGAGAUCUCCCAUAACCUCGCCUUCCGGUCUGCCAUGGCCAACCGUCUGCUGGCCAUCUUCGCCAACAUCCCCAUCGGUUUGCCCUACAGCGCUGCGUUCCGGCCCUACCAUCUCACCCACCACAAGUCCCUCGGCGUCGCCGGCCUAGACACCGACCUUCCCACCGCCGUCGAAGCCUUCCUCCUCGACUCCAUCCUCGGAAAGGCCUUCUUCUGCACCUUCCAGAUCCUCUUCUACGCCGUCCGCCCCAUGUUCAUCUACAGCCCUCCCUUCACCUCCAUCCACGUCCUGAACCUGAUCACCCAGCUCACCUUCGACUACGCCCUGACCAAGUUCUGCGGUGGCUCCCUCCAACCCCUCCUCUACCUCCUCCUGAGCUCCUUCCUCGCCGGCUCUCUCCACCCCUGCGCCGGCCACUUCAUCGCAGAGCACUACUUCUUCUCCCAAGUUGGCCACGGCACCGAAUCCAUCCAAGAGCAAAAGAACAACCAGAAGAAGAAGCCCCACCCUCUUGACUCCCUCCCCCCGCCGGAAACCUACUCCUACUACGGCCCCCUCAACUUCUUCACCUACAACGUGGGCCUCCAUAACGAACAUCACGACUUCCCCGCUAUCCCCUGGACAAGACUGCACGAGCUCCACCGCAUCGCUAGCGAAUUCUAUGAACCCCUCCCUUGCCAUCACAGCUGGGUGUGGGUGAUCUGGACGUUCAUCCUGGAUAAGAACGUCGGCAUGUGGUGUCGGGUUAAGCGUGCGCAGGGCGGUCGUCUCGUCGGUGGCGGCGGCGGACGCGCAGGUGAAAGCAUCUCGGCUUCGUCGGCUGGUCCGAAUGGGGAAUCGGGAGAUGGGUGGAAGGAGAGUGAGAUUCAGAAUUGAUUUGGAUUAUCAUCUGCUUUCUCUUGUAUGUAUCAUGUGUACCGUGCGGACGGUAUCGUUUAUCUGUUUGUUCUGUUUUGAUGACCUGUGACAUACUAUACUAGAGAUGAUAUCCCAUGGCUUUGUUGUUUCCAUGAUGAACUGACUGACUGACUGACUGGUGCUGGUACCUGCUGUCGAUUAUAUGCUGGGAUUGACCGACUGAUUUUAUUUACAUGACAUGAUGUCAUUUUUCAUCUAUCUACCUACUUAUCUUACAAAGUACAUGUGACAAUAGUUGGGUAUGAUUUAGAUUGUGUAUAGUUACUUUAGCA